UAUUUUUUUCUAUUACAGAAAAUGCAACGAGGGCGUGUUCAUCAAAUGCAACCUGGCUGAAAUCAAAUUAUUCGAUGUGUAGGGAAAUAAUCACCUUACCUGGAGAUGUGGAGACACAAACUAAAAUAUACGUCGCAGGAUAUACCUUAAGUUUAAUAACUUUAGCGAUAGCUGUCACUAUUUUUACCUGUUUCAAAGAAUUACGAUGUUUACGAAAUACAAUACACAUGAACCUUAUGUGUUCUUAUAUGUUGACAUACUGCAUGUGGAUUUCUACAUUGAUAUUCGUGAAUUACGCCAACAAUACAUCGAUGUUCUGUGUCUUCAAUGUGAUGUUACUCCAUUACUUCCAUAUAACUACAUUUUUCUGGAUGUUUGUUGAAGGACUCUACCUCUACAUUCUUGUCGUGAAAACGCUGACAAGGGAGAGUUUCAAGCUAAGGGUGUACGCGUGUCUUGGCUGGGGACUUCCUUUGAUUUUCAUCGUUCUUUGGGCAGUAGUGAAAUGGUUUAUACCUUUGAGCAAUCAGUCACCAAAUUCAUUUUUCCAGUGUCGAUGGUUCAUCUAUCACCCCAUCGAUUGGAUCUUCCAGGCACCUACAGUUAUAGUCCUCCUCCUCAAUCUUGGCUUCCUCAUAUGUAUAAUGUGGGUACUCAUCACCAAACUACGAUCUGCUAAUACCUUGGAGACACAGCAGUACCACAAAGCAGCCAAAGCUCUUCUAGUACUUAUGCCACUCCUAGGAAUCACUUAUGUCAUUACCAUUUACGCCCCCGUAACAAAGGCAUCUUCCAUCAAUGUUUUCGAGUGGAUCAGAGCCUUUCUUAUAUCUACACAGGGCUUCACAGUGGCGCUUUUCUAUUGUUUCCUGAAUACUGAAGUUCAAAACACCGUUCGUCAUCACUUCGAUAACUGGAAAACCAGUAGAUCCUUGGGUCCACGAAUGCGAUCUGGAAGUAGAAGCAAAGACUGGUCACCCCGUUCAAGAACAGAAAGUAUACGUAGGACGGAAUGGACACUGGUUCAUGGUGAAGAUAUUGAAGUAAUCCAAGCAGAGAUGCAGCAACUUGGGAAUCAUCACUGCUGCGAGAGGUCUCCAAACUUCACUGCUAAUGGGCAUGCUACUCACAAAGAAAAAUAGCUUCUUUAUGUUGCAUGGAUAUUUUGGUGAUAUUAUUCAGCACGAAAAAGUGAAUGAGUAAUUUCCACAAAAUAUACCUAUAUAUUUCUGAUUUGUUGAAAAAUAGACUCUGUUUUUCCCAGAUAAAUAAUCGUUAUCACAUAUUCUAUAUUGAGUGACCACAAGGUAUGAAAUUUCACAUUCUUUUGGUUCAUUCAAGGAAAUCUAGCUCAAACUUCAUCCACAGAGAAAAUAAUUGCAACUUGAGAGUGAGAGUUAAAUGAAUUUCAGAUUCAAAUUAUUAUUUUAUCGAAUGAUUCGCUCGAAAUGAAAACUAAUUUGUAUCUGCGAGUUCAUCAGGUAGUCUUCUUCAUCUCAAAGAAACAGCAUAGGUGAACUUAUAAAAUAAAAAAGGAGAUUAUUGUGAUCUCUACUGAUUUAUAGUUUCCAAAAUGAGCUUUAUUUUGGAUUCGAUUACUUUCUGAAUUACUUUCUGAUUACUUACUGAUGGAAUGGCUCUCAGUUUUUAACAUGCAAAACUCUUGAUGGUAUUUUGUUCAACUGCAUUUAUUCUUCGUUUCUUUUCUGACUGAUUCGAUAGUUUUUUUGGGAAAUUUCAGUUUGCGAAUCAUUUUCUGUUCAUAUAUUGAAUCAAUGAAUUCAUACUUUUUGAACACUGAGUUUUCAUUAUUAUAAGUAUAACAAUAUUGUUCUCCUUCCGGAACUUUUUCUAUUGAUCUGUCUCUCUCUUGCUCUGCCUUCUCUUCAUGUUUUCCGUUUUAAAUUUUUCCUUUUCUUCCCUGAUUUUUUCUUUUCUGUUAUUGAUGCACACGUAUAUGUUUUGCUAGUACUGAGUUUCAGUUCUUACUAGCAGAUUUUUCACUGCUUCAUGAUUGCGCAAUCAUGGAGGUCAUUAUUGUCUCAUCACACAUCUCCAAGUAACUCACGUCAAACAGAAAGUCUUGAAUCCAUUUCCGGCAGGUCGGGUACCUGUUAGGUCAGGUCAGGUUAGGUCCAAAGUGAGUGGAUCUAUUCGAUCCUCCACCGCAACCCGCAAGGGAUUAUCGUGGCUCACACCU